AUGGCUUCCAACUUCUCCUCGUUGUCCUCUGCUGUCUCCUCCCAAUCAAUAGCCUUCAGUAGCAGCCUCUCUUUUGCAUCAUCCAUGGCCACUUCGCAAAUUCAGAGCUCUUCAUCUAUUCAGAACUCAGCUUCCUCCCUGCCCCAAUCCUCGUCUGCUAGUGGUGUCUCGUCCUCGGUUUCCAUAAGCUCUUCCGUUCCACCGUCAAGCUCCAACCCUCCUCCACCGCCGUCUUCAAGUUCUGUCAGCGAUUUUUCUCAGUCAGCUCAGUCUAUCUCGAGCUCAAUCCAAUUUGAUCCCAGCACCGUUUUUGUCACAACAACAGAUAGCCAAGGACAUACGACAGUCAGCGCGACGUCUACAAUUGUCCUAACCAGCAAUGCGGCAGCGAUCACCAUGACAGAAGUGAAAACUAAUCCGACUUUGGGGACUGAUGGACACCGUUCUUCCACCUCGUCAUUUUUCCACAACACUGGGGCUGUGGCUGGCGUUUUUGUUCUUGUUGGUGUGGCUCUCGCUGCCAUUGUACUUUUCACCAUAUUUGGUCUCCGUCGCCGUCACCGAACCCGACAAAUUGAGCACGAGACUGCUGUCUCUGCCACACUGGCUGCUGCUGGUUUCCGUCGCACACCUUUCGAUGAUGAUGAUGACCGAGGCAGGCCCCAGCAAAUGAGAGUCCGUACAGGAUCUGCUCUCGCCACAAGUUCACUCCCUAGCGCUGGCAGAGUGUCAGGCUAUCUUGACUCUCCAGGCCUAGACGACACAUUCAAUCCAUAUAACGAAUAUGGUGCUCCUCCUGCGCCAAGUCACGGGUACAUGCCUGCCAGAACGAACAGCCCCCCACCGCCUAUAGAACGGGAGCCAAGUGGACCCGAGCACAAUGUUUCACAUUCAGCCUCACAAAGUGUCGGCAGUACAGAGCCUUUAUUGGCUGCAUUCAAUCGAGCGUCCUCAGCCCCUCCCACUCCCCCGCCAAGGAAUCCAAAACGAGCGAUGCAAUCGCAGCCCGAAACUGAAAACCGACAUCGAAGCACCGCUUCUUCAGUCUACUCCUCUGAGAGUGUUGUCGAUGAACGCACUAAUCCUGCCUUACGACACAGCGACAUCCAAGACGCGGAGGACUAUUCGCGGCCAUUGGGGGUCCGCAACAUUCCUGAUGGGGCGAGUCAAUUUUCGGGUGAAUCCUAG